AUGAUUGGUCAAUGUUUUAUAAUAUUCUUCAUAACAGGUGGUCUCGCACUAUUUGCACGUGCUAUACCAGAAUUAGCAGAAAUGUUAUCAAAUAAAAAAAAAUAUGCUGGAAAAUAUAGAUUAGAAAAUGGCAAAAAAUUUGUUCUUGUUUGUGGUCAUAUUACAUUUACAUCAAUGGAAAAUUUUCUUAAAGAUUUUUUACAUGAAGAUCGUGUUAGUUCAGAUAGUUUUUAUGAUGCUGAUGUACUUAUUGUUGAUAAAAAACAUUCAGUUGAUUUUGAAUUUCAAGCAUUACUUAAACGUCAUUUUACACGUGUCAAAUUUUUUGAUGCCACUGUUAUGGAUCCUGUUGAUUUAGAACGCGUCAAAUUAAAACGAUGUGCAGCUGUUUUGAUCUUAGCAAAUAAAGAUGCUAUUGAUCCUGAUGGGGAAGAUGCAAGUAAUAUUAUGCGUGUGAUUAGUAUUAAAAAUUAUCAUUCAGAAGCAAAAAUAAUUGUUCAACUUUUGCAAUAUCAUAAUAAAAUGCAUUUAAUGAAUAUCCCAGCAUGGAAUAAUAAUACAGAUGAAGCUGUAUGCAUUGCUGAGUUAAAACUAGGUCUGAUUGCUGAAAGUUGUCUUAAUCCAGGGUUUUCAACAAUGAUAGCUAAUAUUUUUGCCAUGCGUUCAGAUACAGAAGUAGCUGGAAAAUUAACUGAAAAGGGUUCACCAAGUGGAUCUGUUUGGUUAAAAGAAUAUCUUCGAGGUGCUUCGCUUGAAAUGUAUACAGAAACAUUAUCAAAUUAUUUUGUACAUGAUUUAAAAAAUUUUAGUGAAGCUGCUAGAUUUUGUUUGGUUGAACUUGAUAUACUUUUAUUUGCUAUUGAAGUUUGUGAAGAAAAUGGACAACGAAGAUUAGCUAUUAAUCCUGAUCGAACAUCAAAAUAUUACAGAAUUGCUAAACGAACAAGAGGAUUCUUUUUAGCUGGGAGUUCAGAAGAAGCAUCAAGAGCUCGUUAUUAUUGUCGUCAUUGUCACCAUGAACAACAACCUGAAGCUAUUCGUAAAUGUAUUCAUUAUCGUAUUGAAGGACGUGAAAUGUCAAGACCACGUUCUGAAAGUAUUACUACAUCUCAAUAUCCACCCAUUCAAUAUGCAGUAAAACCAUUUUGUUUCGAUACAACUGGAAUGUUUUAUUGGUGUCCAACACUAACUAUAGAACAACAAACAAUUGAUAUUCGAGUUAAAUGCGAAUUAUCACAUCAUGUUAUUUGUUGUAUAUUUGCUGAAGAAUCAUCACCUGUUAUUGGUUUACGUAGUUUUGUUAUGCCAUUACGUGCAUCAAAUUUUGAUGAACAUGAACUUAAACCAAUUGUAUUUAUUGGUAAUAGUAUUUUUUUAAGAAAAGAAUGGAGACAUAUAUGUAACUUUCCAAAAGUUUAUGUUGUGGAUGGUUCACCAAAUGAUCGUGCCACAUUACGUGCUACAAAUAUACAUUUAUGCGAUAUGUGUGUUAUAUUAUCAUCAUCAGCAUCCCAUCAUGAUCAACGACAAGAUCGAUAUUUAACUGAUAAAGCAGCAAUACUUUGUUCAUUAAAUAUAAAAGCAAUGAGUUUUGACACUGAAUGUACAACAACAGAUAGGCGUAGUGGAAUAUCAAUUCCACUUAUAACAGAACUUAAAAAUGAUACAAAUGUUGUUUUUCUUGAUCAAGAUGAUGAUGAUGAUCCAAAUAUUGAUCUAUAUAUGACACAACCAUUUGCAUGUGGAACAUCAUUUGCAAUUAGUGUACUCGAUUCAUUAAUGAGUGCAACUUAUUUUAAUGAAAAUGCUUUAACUAUUCUUCGAGCAUUAAUAACUGGAGGUGCAACACCAGAAUUAGAAAAGAUCUUAGCCGAAGGUGCAGGUAUGACACAAGGUUCUAAUUCAAAAGAAGUACUAAAUAAUCGACGACGUCCACGUGUUGUUCUAUUACCUGUUGAAAAUCUUAUUAUUGCUGAUACAACAAAUACACAACAAAAUUCUUCUAUUAUGAUGGAUACAUUUUGGGAUGAUAAUCCAACAUAUGGAGAUUUAUUUGUUAAUUUAUUAAUUCAUCGAGACUGGCUAUGUCUUGGUCUUUAUCGUCGUCAUGAUAAUUCUUCUACUGGUCCGAUAUCACAAUCAAAUAAACGUGUUGUUAUUUGUAGCCCACCACGAACAUUUCCUUUACUUAAAACUGAUUUAAUUUACGUGAUACAACAGUUUCAACCAAGAUAUAAUCCUUCAUUGAAUAUAGAAUCAGAACCAAUUAAACCUAUUGAUGAUAAUAAACAAUCAAAUAUUGUACCUGAAGCACUUAAUACAGUCAUACACAUGCCAUAUACUGUAACUACUAAAAUAACUCCGAUCACAGAUGACAUUAGUGUAAAUGAUAAUGAUACAAUAUAG